AGCGUGCAAAAGCUUCUGUUACUUCGCCACUGGUCGAUCAGUAGAGAAAGAGACAGAGAUCGAGCCACACACACACAUACACAGUGCCAACAUGCCCAAGUGUCCGAAAUGCCAGAAGGAGGUGUAUUUUGCCGAGAAGAAGACGUCGUUGGGAAAGGACUGGCACAAGCUCUGCCUCAAGUGUGAGAAAUGCAACAAGAUUCUUUCCUCUGGCCAGCACGCAGAGCAUGAUGGGAAGCCGUAUUGCCAUCAGCCGUGCUAUUCAGCUAUGUUCGGCCCGGGAGGUUGUGGGCGUGGCGGAGCGGAGAGUCAUGUCUACUAGCAGCUGUUCUGUGUGAUGAUUGGCAGGUUGUGGGCGUGGCGGAGCGGAGAGUCAUGUCUACUAGCAGCUGUUCUGUGUGAUGAUUGGCAGGUUGUGGGCGUGGCGGAGCGGAGAGUCAUGUCUACUAGCAGCUGUUCUGUGUGAUGAU